AUGCUCGCAGUGCGAGUGCAGCCAGCGCGGCGAGUGCGGGAGCGCGCGCUGUGUUCGCGCGAGCGGAUAAUGCGCGUGCGCGGCAUGCUGCAGCAUCCACCUAACACAAAAAGACAUUUACUGUACCGUUUCGCAGAGCAGCGCACAGCUCACCUCACCUCGUAUGCCCACGCGCCCAGCCACGCCACUCACCUCCAGCAGCGCGCUUGUGCCGCCCCGCGCCGCGCACGUAGACCGCCGCGCGGCACGCAAGGCCGCCCGCGCGCCGCCUCCCACCUCGCGCGUCCAGUGACACAGCCACGCCGCUCACCUCCAGCUCCAGCAGCACGCUUGUGCCACCCCGCACCGCGCACGUGGACUGCCGCGCGGCACGCAAGGCCGCCCGCGCGCCGCCUCCCACCUCGCGCGUCCAGCGACGCAGCCACGCCACUCACCUCCAGCUCCAGCAGCGCGCUUGUGCCGCCCCGCGCCGCGCACGUAGACCGCCGCGCGGCACGCAAGACCGCCCGCGCGCCGCCUCCCACCUCGCGCGUCCAGCGACGCAGCCACGCCACUCACCUCCAGCUCCAGCAGCACGCUUGUGCCACCCCGCGCCGCGCACGUGGACUGCCGCGCGGCACGCAAGGCCGCCCGCGCGCCGCCUUCCACCUCGCGCGUCCAGUGACACAGCCACGCCACUCACCUCCAGCUCCAGCAGCACGCUUGUGCCGCCCCGCGCCGCGCACCUCCAGCAGCACGCUUGUGCCACCCCGCGCCGCGCACGUGGACUGCCGCGCGGCACGCAAGGCCGCCCGCGCGCCGCCUCCCACCUCGCGCGUCCAGCGACGCAGCCACGCCACUCACCUCCAGCUCCAGCAGCGCGCUUGUGCCGCCCCGCGCCGCGCACGUAGACCGCCGCGCGGCACGCAAGGCCGCCCGCGCGCCGCCUUCCACCUCGCGCGUCCAGUGACACAGCCACGCCACUCACCUCCAGCUCCAGCAGCACGCUUGUGCCACCCCGCGCCGCGCACGUGGACUGCCGCGCGGCACGCAAGGCCGCCCGCGCGCCGCCUUCCACCUCGCGCGUCCAGUGACACAGCCACGCCACUCACCUCCAGCUCCAGCAGCACGCUUGUGCCGCCCCGCGCCGCGCACGUAGACCGCCGCGCGGCACGCAAGGCCGCCCGCGCGCCGCCUUCCACCUCGCGCGUCCAGUGA